AGAGAGAGAGAGAGAGAAGGUGGGAGGAAGAGAAGUGGUGAAAGAGAGAGGGAGUGAAAGCGAGAAAGACCAGAAGAACAAGACAGAACAUGCACUCUGGAGCUGAGUUGCAAGUGUUGUUUGCAUUGCUGAGCUUACUGCAAGACAAAUUGCUCAAAGCUGUUCCGCAAUGAGCGCGUCUGCAGGGACGGGGGUGUUCGUGCUCUCCUUGAUGUCCAUCCCCAUCUGCUACUUGUUCAACUCCUUCAUUUACAGUCACAGUACUGAUGCUUUCUUCUUCGCUGGAUGUACAACAGUCCUCAUCUUGGCCAUUUCAACCAGAUUUAUGAUCAAGAAGAAGGCACCUGUAGAUCCUCUCUUCUAUGUGUUUGCAGUGUAUACAUUCCUCAGUGUGGUGAAUCUGAUCAUUGGGCUGGAGCAGGACAACAUCAUUGAUGGAUUUGUGACAUUUUACCUCAAAGAGGCAAAUCCACAUAUUAAUACAGCACAUGGGCACAUGAUCUCCUAUUGGGAUGGCUGUGUGCACUAUCUCAUGUAUCUGCUCAUGAUUGCUGCUAUUACAUGGGGGGACAGUUACCGAGCCAUUGGACUCUACUGGGUGGGAUCUUUUCUUAUGCGUGCCAUAGUCUACAUUCUUGGGAAUGCUGUGGGGAAAUAUGGGACCCAGGUUGGUCCUCUGUUCUUCCUCCACAUGCUGUAUAUCUCAGUAUCUGUCUGUGCCUGUUUCCAUAUCUUCAGCCAGCCAUCUACACAGGACGUUCAGCUGACAAGUGUCCAGGAGACCAAAAGAAAAAGUUUACUUCACAGACCUCUGGACUUACUGUUCAUUAUCUACCUCAUCCCCGCUUUGGCUUUCUGUGUCUUCAGAGGCCUGGUUGCUCUGGACUGUUCCAGCAAAUUUUGUCAAGACUACACACAACAGUAUGAGCCUUACCUGAAAGACCCCUCAGCCUAUCCUAAAGUUCAGAUGCUGGUGAGCAUGCUGUACUCUGUCCCAUACUACAUCAUUACUCUCUAUGGACUGUUGGUCCCAGGAUGUGAGUGGAUGCCAGACCUGACUCUUGUACACUCAGGAGCCCUGGCACAGGCUCAGUUCUCUCAUAUCGGUGCAUCUCUUCACACACGGACACCAUUCUCCUACAGAGUGCCUGCUGACAGCCAGCCAGUCUUCUUGCUGAUCAAUGUCCUGUACGCUCUGGUGCCUCAGGCUCUGUGCUACCGCUGUUGCACCAGGCCAGCCUUCUUUCUCAGGCCAGCGCCAGAGAAGAAAAAUGAAUGAGUGCCAGAGAGAGAGAGAGCACCAGGGAUGUCAAGAAUGCCUAAGUAAAAGGCUGAAGUACUUGCAAAGUACUGCUCUGCCUUUGAAGUCAUUAGCAGUUGUACCACCUGUAACCUUAAUGAGACUAAGAGGGAUUACUGGAAAUAUGACAAAAUACUCUAGUGUCAGCAGAGUUUGUGUCGGCUGGUAAUUCACGUUCUACUGCUUACUUUGAAAAUGUGUAAAUACGUUUAAAAAAAAUAAAGAAAACCCCCCCCAAAAAAUAAGUUGUGUUAAAAGCAGCAGCAAGCACAGGAAAGCACACUCAGUGUCACAGUACAUACAACAGACCUGUGUGUAGGAUUCAAACUUAUUGAUAAUACUCAUUGUGUUCUUAUAUUUUUGGUAAGUUUUUUUGGAUACAAAAACUGUUUUCUUUUUGACACUGAGGGGUCUGUGCAGUGCCUUCUAGGCAGUGGUUUGGGAAAUAAAGAAUUAAUUCACGUGUA